AUGAGAAGAUGUAAAGAACUGCAGAGAUCUUUAAAAGCAUUGGAUGUGACUUCGAAGAUGUGGAGACAGAGAGCAGAGAUGGCAGAAUCACUCUUGUUGAAGGAGAGACCACUUGGUGAAGUGGAUGAAGAUACAAUAUAUGUUGUUAAUGGUGGAUGGAUUGCCCGGAGAAAAUUCAAAUUUCUCUGGGUUCAUUUUGACCAGUUUCUUUCGAGGCGAGUUAUUGAUAGUGACAAGUGGUGGGCGAUGCAAUUGUUAUCAGUGGCAUGCUUGUCUUUAGCAGCGAAGAUGGAGGAAUACAGAGUACCAUCACCCUCAGAGUUUCAAUUGGAAUGCAACUUUGAGAGCAAAGUUAUCCAGAGAAUGGAGCUUUUGGUAUUGAAUACAUUGGAGUGGAGAAUGAGUUCAGUCACUCCUUUUGCUUUCAUUCAUUACUUCAUCAAAACCCUUGGGAACUAUCACUCUCCACCAAGGAAUGUGGUUUCUAGAACUGUACACCUCAUUUUGGCUAUAAUGAGAGGUAAAUUUUAG